AUGGCCUUUCCCGAGUUUCGCGUGGCGGGUAUAGGCGAGCCGGUCUCGUCCCUCGCCUUUUACCCUGAUGCAUCAUCGACACGCAGAAGCCGUCAUCUUCUCGUGGGAAGCUGGGAUAAGUUUGUGCGUGUGUACGAUGUGAGCGACGGUGCUGCCGGCGCUGAUGGCGUUCGUAUGCUGCAAUCGUUUGAGCACCCGGCUGCCGUGCUCGACGUGGCAUGGAUCAACGAGUCUCUUGCGGCGAGUGCAUGCCUCGAUCGUCGAGUUCGUCUACUCAAUACGGAAAAUGGACAAUCGGUGAUACUGGGAAAGCAUGAGCAAGGUGUCAGUCGCCUUCGCUACGAUCCGCACACCCAGCUCUUGUUCUCUGGCUCCUGGGAUGCGACUUUGAAGGUUUGGGAUCCUAUUCGCGGUGCGGAUGCGUCACUGUGCCAUACCCUCGCGCUCCCUGGCAAGGUAUUUGCGAUGGACGUAUCGCCUCGCACGCCAUCUGCGCCACCGCGUCUGGUGGUGGCGAUGUCGGAGCGAUCCGUGUUUAUUUUCAAGACGCAUCAGCUGCGUGAGGCUGUCAAUGGCCAAGAUGCGUUAUGGGAGCCGGAGCAGCGCCGCGAGAGCAGUCUGAAGUUCAUGCUACGAGAUGUGCGAUGCAUGCCUGACGGCGAAGGAUACGUCACAUCGUCUGUCGAGGGUCGUGUCGCGGUGGAGUUUUUCCGUAUGGACGCGCAGGUGCAGGCCAACAAGUACGCGUUCAAGUGCCAUCGCAAGGAGGUGGAUGGUAUCGAUGUUGUAUACCCUAUUCAUGCCAUCGCUUUUCAUCCUAUCUACGGUACGUUUGCUACGUGCGGUGGCGACGCACACUGCGCGCUGUGGGAUCCAAAGGCCAAGAAGCGUAUCCGGCAGUAUGUGCUGCCUUCGCCUGUCAGCACAGCGGCCUUUAGCGCGGACGGCAGUGUCCUAGUGAUAGCCAGCGGCGCAGAAAACCUAGAGACGGCCGGCUCGGAAGCCCACGACGUGCUCCUGCACGUCAAGUAUGUGGUCGACGAGGCCAAGCCUAAGAGCAAGUCCGACAAGUAG